AACCAAAAAGAAACAAGAAAGAGAAAACAAUAAAUGAACCACUUUAAUUAUAACGACUACUCAUUUUCACAUAUUACAGCCAAAACCCUAACCCCCUCUCUCUCUCAUUCUCACUUUCUGCCAUGGAAAGACCUUACUCUCACUCUAAAUCUCCUGCAUUCUCCAACAAAAAACCUCCACCAUUUUCAUCUUCUUCCUCUUCUUUCAACAACAAUGCCGGAUUCUUCAACUCCACUUCUUACGAUGAUGUUUUUGGCGGUCCUCCUAAAUUCGCUUCUUCUUCCUCUUUAGCUCCUCGACCUGAAGAUUACUCUGAAAUUUUUGGAGGUUUCAGGUUAUCAUCUUUUCCAUCACGUUCUUCUUCCUCCAUUCCUGUCCUUGAUCUUCCUGCUGUUCCUGAUGACAUUCACUCUGCCGCUGCAUUCUUCGAUUAUUCUGAAGUUUUUGGUGGUUUUAAUGCUAUCAAUUUUGCUGUUCCUUUUGAUGAACUCUUUCGUCCUUGUAAUGGUUCUUUUUGUGACGAUGAUGGUGGCUCCUCUGAUGAAGCCUGGACCCCAGCUGGUUCAGAUUCUCACUCUGAUGAUUCAGAUAUGUUUGCUUUUUCCGAAAAGAAUGAAAGCUUGUCAAAUGAAAAUACUCAUCAACCAUCAGAAAACAAACAGUUUAAUGUUUCUUACCACAAAAUCAAUCCAGAAACCAGCGCACAUAUGACAAACACUACACAUGCAACUCAACUUAAUGAUGUGCCUGGAUAUACUUGUGUAGUUGAUGAAGCCAUAAAUAGAAAAAGUUCCUCACCAGUACUUGAUGACAGUUUUUUUAGCACGGGUUCUACUUCUCAGCUCACACAGAAACAAACAAAAAAAACCCGAUCUAAUGCUUCAUAUAAUGAUACUGGUUCGAAAACAUAUGAUAGUGACCAGAGAUCUGGAGAAGCAUGUGGUGCUAGUACAUCUCAUAUAAAUAUUACAUGUGCAUCAAUGUCUGACAUCAACCUUCAAACAGAACCAUCUCAUUUGCCACCAUCAUCAAGACCUCCAUCUAUAAUGGAAGACAGGAGCAGAGAUUUUGGUGAAAACAGCUCUAGUCCUGUAGCUUCUGAAAGAAAUGGAUUGGAGGCAAGUAAUGAUGGUAGUUCACCACUGUUCUUUGAUAUGGAGGUGGAUGCAAGUUCUUCUGCUGCAGUUUCUGCUGCUGCUAUGAAGGAUGCAAUGGUGAAAGCUCAAGCAAAACUUGAAGCUGCAAAAGAGCGGAGGGACAGAAAGGAUAGAAUUCAGAAUUGCGGUAAGCUACACUUGGAAACUGGUGUAAAUGGUCGGGAGAACACUCAAGGGAUACACGAUGAAGCUUUUUAUGGAGAGGUUGUAGUGCACACAACCAGCGAUAGUGGUCCCACUAAGAUUAAAAUUUUUUCUAAAUCUAGACAUUCUAAAAAUGUCUCUCAGAAUUUCACUGAUAUUCUAGCUGCUGAACAGUCCAUUGGUGUAUCUGGGGUACGUGCUGAAACAAAGCAAGGGAAGAAAUGUAGCUUGUCCAUGGAUACUGAGUUUAUUGAUGCAGCUGGUGAAUGGAAGGAGGCAACACAAUAUUUUGAAUUUGUAAAUAGUGAUUACGUUCGGUUAGAUCCUCAUCGACAUAGUAGUAGUGGUGUUGAAAAUAUAACAAUCAAGCAACAGGGUGAUGAUGAUCACAAUUCAGAUUCUGCUGGAGAGGCUUGUGCUACAGUGGAAAAUAGGCGAAGGCUAAAAGCAACAAAAGUAGUAUCCAGACAGGAAUACUAUGAGAAAAUGGUCAAGGUUGCUCAAGAAGUUCAUGACACUGUGACCUGUGGGCAUGUGGAACCCGACAAGAAAGUGAAUCAUAUGUCUCGUGGAAAUACAAAACAGCUGAAACCUGAGUUAGCCUAUGAACCGGAGAAGCUUGAAAUUCCACUUUGCAAAGCUCAAAAAAUGGAAGAAAACCCGGUGGCGGCUUUCAGAUCGAAUAUUGUGCUUGAGGAAGACGAGUGUAAGCAGGAAAGUGAAUCUUGUCACAGCGGACAGUUGAACAGAAAUGCGGAAGGGCUUCUUGAGAGCAUGGUUGAUGAGGCGUCUAUUGUCAGGCAAGGAGAAUUGAGAAUAUCAUGCGAAAGUAAAUGGAACGAGGGUGGCUAUGAUGUGCAAGAAACUACGAGAAAUUUACACGAGCAGAGAGCAGAAGAGUCUUUCGAAAGACAAAGAACCGAGAGUCAAGUGACAGAGUCUCUUACGCAGAAAAUAAACAAACAGACAAGGGAGUUGAUGGACAAGAGUUCAAAGGAAUCUUGUAAAGGUGUGUUAAUGGGAGACAAGAUGCAAACCGCUUGUGAAAGUGAAGAAAAAGAUCACACAAAAGAUUUACAGAGAACGAACGCUGCUGAUAAGAGAGUAAAGGAAACUUUUGAGAAUGUAUCGGGCAGGAAUAGACUACAAGAAAACAUAGAUAAGAACAAUCUGGGAAACUUGCAGCAUGGAGAGGAAUUUGUCAAUCAUCUUGAGGAAGCUGCUAAUGGGAAAGGAUUUAAGAAAAAGUUCGAAAAGUUUGUUGAGCUUGAGGAGUCCCAGAAAAGUAAAGAAGUUCCCAAGCAAGCAAUAGAAAUUCAGCGGAUCUCCGAGGAUCACAAUCUGAAAAUUGAAAACAAAAACUCACAAACGGGUAGAAAAGAAGAUAAAAAAGAGAAGCUUGUGAAGACUGCUGAACUGGAGCAUGUGGAGCAAAAGUCUCUGCAGGCAUGUGAGCUAGAAAAAGUGUAUUGCGGUCUUGAGGAAGCAGUUGAUGAGCUAGGAUCUAAGACUAACCUUGAAAAGUGUUUUAAGUUGAAGAAAAGCGAGAAAAGCCAAGAAGUUCCAAAGCAACCUAUAAGGUUGCAGAGGCUUGAUGAUUCUAGUAAUUUGAUAGUUGAGGAUGAGAAAUCAGAAGAUGUCAAUAAACAAGAUGAAAGGAAGAAGUAUGAGAAGGCUAUUGAGCCAGAGCAAAACUCUUUGCGUACAUAUGAGCUGGAAAAAACCAGGAAAACAAAUAAUAAUACUGAUGACCAGGAAGAUUGGAAGGGUGUAGAUGGACAUGACAUGAACAUCAAGUGGGACGAGGACGUGGGGCUAAAUAGCUCCUCUGAUAUUGAGCUGCCUAUACAGGGAAAUACACUGAAGUCAUCUAAUGGGACUGAUCCUCAUAGGGAUGCUGCACUGGAUAUGUCCUGUAAACUCAGUAAGCCGUUAAAGGAUGAUGACUCCGAGGAAGGGACCUCUCAAAAUGAAAAUGGUGAGAUUCACGUUACAUCAUCAGAUGGAAGAAGCAAGUUGGACGCGGCUGUUAUGUCAAAUGUGGUGAUUGAUGAAAAGAAAAUAGAACCAGAAGCUGCUCUGGUGGGUCCUGAAGACAAUGAGCUUGAGGGAGGAACCUUUCAUGCCUCAAACAAAGUUGACUUGGAUGAAAAUAACAUCAAGACGUGUAAUUCUACUGGGGAUGAACAAAAUCUGAAAGAGAAAAAGAAAGUUCAAUCAACCCCAGAUCCUUGUUUGGCAAAGGAUCUCAAUGAUGAAGUUGGAGGAAAAAGAAAUCUAUCAGGGGAAAAUUACAUUCUUUUGGACAAGGAAGAGAAGGUUAGAUCUACUCGUGCAGAAGGAAUCAAUGGGUUCCAUGAGAAUACAAGUAGGGAAAAAGUAACUCAUACAGUACUUCCUGUGGGUAAAGCAAGAUUCCAGAAACCAUCUCACCCGCCUAAAUGUGGCCAAAGUAUUGAUAGAAAAGACAAGAUUAUUCAUAAUUGCUCAACAGAAGAGAAAGAUGUAGACAAAGAGAUAAACUUGGAGAAGGAACGUCUUAGGAAGUUCGAGGAAGAAAAGGAGAGAUUGAGAGAAAGGGAAAAAGAUAGAAUGGCAGUUGAGUAUGCUGUACGUGAAGCCCGUGAUAGGGCAUAUGCUGAUGCUCGUGACAGGGCAGAAAGGGUUGCUCUUGAAAGAGCAACAGAUGAAGCUCGACUAAGAGCAAUGGCAGAGGCCCGGGAGAGAUUAGAGAAGGCCUGUGCAGAGGCUAGGGAGAGGUCAUUAGCUGACAAGGCAUCAGAGUCCAGGUUAAAGGCAGAGCGUGCUGCAGUAGAGCGCGCAACUGCUGAGGCUCGUCCGCGUGCCAUGGAGAAAGCAAAGGCUGAGAGAUCUACUUUUGAUACAAGAGACCGAAUGCAAAGAUCUGUUUCUGAAAAGCAUUUUUCAGAAAGAGAGGUGAUGAUGAGGCAGAGCUCUAUCCCCACGAUUAGUGAGAGGUUGGAAGAAUCUAAUGGUGAACCAGUCCAGAGGUGUAAGGCCAGACUUGAGAGACAUCGCCGAACUGUCGAAAGAGUGGCUAAAGCGCUUGCAGAUAAAAAUAUGCGUGAUCUUCUUGCACAAAGGGAGCAAGCAGAAAGAACUAGAUUAGCUGAAAAUCUUGAUGCUGAUAUCAGAAGAUGGUCAAAUGGCAAGGAAGGCAACUUGCGAGCUUUGUUAUCAACAUUGCAAUAUAUCCUUGGGCCUGACAGUGGUUGGCAGGCAAUUCCACUGACAGAAGUUAUAACUGCUGCUGCUGUAAAAAAAGCUUACAGAAAAGCCACUCUCUGCGUGCAUCCUGACAAAUUGCAACAACGUGGUGCAAGUAUCCAACAAAAGUAUAUUUGUGAAAAGGUUUUUGAUCUCUUAAAGGAUGCUUGGAACAGAUUUAACUCAGAGGAGAAAUAGUGUAGGCUAUUAAAACACGAGGCAUGCAAUGGAUAUGGUAUUUCAUACUUGGAAAAAAACAAUGUAUAUAUGUAUAGCCAUCAUUCUUCUGAUGUGCUUGGAAUGUAGAUAUAUGUUGAUCUUGUGCAAUUUUACAGAAAGGAAAAAGGCCCAGAUUUAAGGGUGCUUCUGCUGCUAA